AUGGCGGCGGCAUCGCGUCGACCACCCUCUUUCGAGGUAUACCAAGCUGGUGACGCGUCAUAUUGUGCUCCCGGGUGUGACGAUGUCGAACGAGCACUCUUGAACGCAUUAGGGCCAUUGAGCGACGCGUCAACCAAGCAAAAUAUCCAGCUCAACCCGACAGCAGCGUCCUACCCAGCCAGCUCGCCUACCAAGACGGACAGCUCGCCUAUGCAGCCCGUCAGCUCCCACAAUCUGGCUGAUCUACAAAUACCUCCACCUGCACAGCCGAACUUCAAUACCGACUCGCCGCGGAAGAAUGCAAACUUCUACAGCAUGUAUCCGAAUCCUCCGAGCAUGUCGGAGCAGUCACUCUUGACGCCGUUUGCCAAACCCUACACCAUGGACAAGGAGAACUACGGCGCGCCCUUCGAGCCCCUUCAGCCUUUGGGCUAUGGUGCCGAGUACGGAUACAAGGCCCCAUCGAAGCGGGCAAUGACAGACACCGCGCCCCUCCGAGACCGCCCAAUCAUCAAGAAGCAAAAGCUGGAUAAGAACGAGCCCUUCGAGCUGCCAAAUCCUAGGGAUAUGCCAAUGGUGACUGACGAUGGAUCAAAGCCGCCACAUAGCUAUGCGGAGCUGAUUGGUAUGGCGAUCCUAAGAGCGCCUCACCGCCGUCUCACGCUUGCACAAAUAUACAAGUGGAUAUCGGACAACUUCUGUUUCUACAAGACCUCCGAAUCCGGCUGGCAGAAUAGCAUCCGCCAUAAUCUUAGCCUCAACAAGAGCUUUAUCAAACAGGAGCGACCCAAGGAUGAUCCAGGCAAAGGAAACUACUGGGCUAUCUUGCCUGGUGAUGAGCGACCUUACCUUCUGGGCAAGAAGAAUCCUGUGCGCCGCAUCACUGGCUCAGAUGGUGCCGAAUAUAUGCAGGCUUUGUCGCACGACCUGCCUGGGUUCCGACCUGCCACUGCCCCUGCCAUUGGCCAAUUCUCUCUCGCCCCCUGUCCGGUUAAGAAGAUGGAAAGCAAGACUAUUGACACUGCCAAGUUUCCAGAUGAUACCGAUUUAUCGUCUGAUGGCACAAUACCUGGCUCCGAUCCUGCCAUGCACGAGGAUGACCAAGACGACUCUGCGGCUAUGCCGCCACCUCCCAUGCAUUUUCGAUCAUCUCCACCACCACAAGACAUUGGCUCCUCACCACCUCCUAUGGUGACAGAGGCCGAUCGUAAAGAUACUCCACCUCCGGUUCCGCGCUUUACGUCCACCAGCCGUUCAGGUGGUCGUCGCCAGAGGUUCUCAGGACUGAACGACAGCGGCUACUGGUCAUCUAUCGAGUCAUCUGCUGCAAGAGGCGCAGCACAUUUGCUCACGUCCGAAGCAGAUAUCAGCCGACCUCGCAUCAAGAAGGGUCGUGCCGAAGAAGAGAUCGCCCGCAUCCGGAGCUCUUCCUUCGACAGUCCUACAAAGGAGCGACCACUGCACAAGAUCUCAGCUUCACAAUUCGACUCGUCCUCGCCAUUGAAGAAUGACAACCCCCUCACGCCCGCAGUGGUCUUCAAGCGUCCUGCAAAGCCGCCGCCUUCAGUGUCGCCUAACACGAAUUUGCGCAACCAUCGAAAUCGUGUGAAGGCAAUGAUGGGUUCUCCGCUCAAGACUCUGAGCCCCCUGCCUGAGGGUAGUGCCUGGAGCCCGGCCUUCAACCUGACUGAAGACGGAGCCGUUGGCCUGACACCAUAUCGCUCGCCUUUUGUCGGAUCGAAGACACCAUUUGUCCAGUUGGGCGAUACGCCAGGCAAUAGUAAUCUGUUCAAUGCUGCUUUCGAUGUCUUCAUUGACGCACCUGUUGAUGACAUUGCUGCUCGUGGAUCACCCGAGAAGCGCUCAGCAAGACGGCCUUCGCUCGCUCGUGCCGCCACCAGUACAGGAAUCCUGGCCGACGUCACCGGCACUGCUAAGAGCAAUAAUAUCACUCUGGCGCCACCUACUGACAUGUUUGCACUAUCACCCUUCUUCACAAAGUCUGGAACACUACGAUCGCCACUGAAAUUCGACCACAAGGGCCCAACUUCACAGCCUGCAGAAGACCUCAGCUGGCUCGAUAUUGGCCUUGGGGCUGAGAACGUGCAGCCCAGUCACAAUGCAUCGCAUGCCACAGACGCGGCCGAGCUCUUCGGCGUAAAUCUCCCUAGUGAUGGUAGUGAAGAAGCCAUCGACCUCUUCCAAGACUUUGGCAAGAUUGGUGGCGCAGCUCAGCAUCUGCCUGUAGAUGCUCGUGCCAAUGGCAGUCCGGUGAAGCGCUCGAUGGCACCGCCGCCACGACCGAAUCGUCCUGGUAUGCAGAGGAGUAACAGCAGCCGGUGGUAG